UUGAACUUUGACCGCUCCUCAGCGACGCCGCCGGAGAACACGCAUGCGUUGUUUCUUUGAAUGUCUUGCGCCUUUAUCUUCACAGCGGCCGGAGGAGCGGUGGCUGUGCUCCUGGCGCUGAGGCUAUGGAUGGUACUUCGUUGCCAGGCCGUGGGGCCCCGUGAGUCUCUCAGGCUCUUGGUGGUGGCUGGGUCUGGUGGUCAUACCACUGAGAUCCUGAGGCUGCUUGAGAACUUGUCCAGUGCUUACUGUCCUAGACAUUAUAUCAUUGCUGACACUGAUGAAAUGAGUGCCCAUAAGAUAAAGUCUUUUGAACUAAAUCGACCUGAUAGAGACUCCAGUGGCAUGUUUCCCAAAUACUACAUUCACCGCAUACCCAGAAGCCGUGAGGUUCAGCAGUCCUGGCUCUCCACAGUGCUCACCACCUUGUACUCCAUGUGUCUCUCCUUUCCCCUGACUUACCGAGUGAAGCCAGAUUUGGUGUUGUGUAAUGGACCAGGAACAUGUGUUCCUAUCUGUAUAUCUGCCCUUCUCCUUGGGAUACUAGGAAUAAAGAAAGUGAUCAUUGUCUAUGUUGAAAGCAUCUGCCGAGUAGAACAUUUAUCCCUGUCUGGAAAGAUUCUCUUUCACCUCUCCGAUUACUUCAUUGUUCAGUGGCCAACUCUUAAGGAGAAAUACCCCAAAUCUGUGUACCUUGGGCGAAUUGUUUGAUGAAUGACAACUUACUUCUUUUCAUUCAACGAUAUUAAUUAUAAUCAGGGAGGGGGGAGCUACAUGUCCAUUGUAAAGGUUUCUGAAAGCCCUGAGAAUUAUUGGUGGUCAGGAGUAAAAAAAUGUAUAAGUAGCCCAAAUAAAAUGAAGGUGUUCUUAUUUAAAAAAAUUAACAAGCCAUUAAAUA